UGUGUGUGCUGUGCAGCAGUAUAGCUAGCUAGCUCAGCAGCCAGUUUUGGAGUCUAAUCAGAAGACAGGUAGCUAGCAGUGAAGCUAGCUAUAUAUAGCCUGCCAGCUACUAGUGUAUGAGUUAAACAUUUUAAUGAAUCUCUUUAACCUUAUCUUGCGAGGGGAUGUGAUAACUAGCUAAGCUAAGGUCUAUGAAGAAGCACAUCCACAUCUUGGGCUGAUUCCCAGCAGACUAUCGCCCUCUACCCUCCAUCCGCUAAAUGUGCCAGCUAGCUAGCUACUUGUUUUGCUACCUUAUAACUUACGUCAGUGCUUGCUGCUUGCUAACUUUGCACAGCUGAAAAUAAAUAUCUAGUUAAUGCAGAUAUUCUCUUCUAGUCAAACCAGUUGGUUAUGUUUGCUCUUGAGUAAUCUGAGUGCAGAAGUUUAAGGAGCCGUGUCGUCAACACUUCUGUUCAGGAUCUUUCAUUUCUCCUAAUCACUUUGUGCAGUGAGUGGAGGGGAAUAAUCGCACCGCCCAACCAUGCUCACAUUUAAAAAAGGAAGAGCUGCCUCGUGAUUUACCACCCUCAAGCGAGCGAGCAUCAUCAGCCACAGAGCGAGAGGAGUGAUCAUCAGUCAGUCACUGAGACGACGCUGAGGACUCGUCGCGGCAGACUGGGACAGAGGUAGAGAGACGUCCAUUCACCUUUCCAGCUAGCUUGCUUCUCAAACCUCCUCGCUUCCUUCCUACGUUCCCCCGGUACUACCCGAGGCGAGCAACCGUAUUCACGCGCCUCCGCCUGGACCGACAACCCUGAAGGCAGAGAGCGAGAGGCACCGCAGCCCCGGGUCCCCGCGCUUCGUGGAGAGAAUCGCUGAAAUGAGAUGAGGCUCAGAAAUGGAACGGUUGCUACUGCGAUCAUUUUCUUCACGUCGUUUCUCAGCCUGUCUUGGUACACAGCCUGGCAGAAUGGCAAAGAGAAGUUGGUAGCGUACCAGAGGGAGUUCCAUGCCCUGAAAGAGCGCCUCCGUGUGGCUGAGCACCGGACCCUGCAACGAUCCUCAGAGCUCAACAACAUCCUGGAGCAGUUCAGACGGGCCAUUGCAGAGACCAACGGCAGCAAGGAUGCUCUCACUAACUUCUCAGAUGAGACCCAGAAGCUGCUGAAGGAGCUGGCAAGUAGGAAGCCUCUCCAGGUGCCAAACAUCUACCACCACCUGCCUCACCUGCUCAAGAAUGAGGGUAGCCUGCACCCGGCUGUCCAGGUCGGCCUGGGCCGCACCGGAGUCUCCAUGGUGAUGGGUAUUCCUACCGUAAAGCGGAAAGUGAAGUCGUACCUGGCUGAGACGCUGCACUCGCUCGUCAACAAGCUCUCACCUGAGGAGAAACUUGACUGUGUCAUCAUCGUCUUUGUAGGAGAGACGGACAGGGAAUACGUCCAAAGCGUGGUGACCGGACUGGAGAAAGAGUUUUCUACAGAGUUCAGUUCAGGUCUGUUGGAGCUGAUUUCUCCUCCUGCCAGCUACUACCCUGAUCUCAAAGACCUCAAAGAGACCUUCGGAGACUCCAGAGAGAGGGUCAGAUGGCGGACCAAGCAGAAUCUGGACUAUUCCUUCCUCAUGAUGUAUGCUGUGAGCAAAGGAGUCUACUAUGUCCAGUUGGAGGAUGACAUUGUGGCCAAGCCCAACUACUUUGCCACCAUGAAGAACUUUGCCCUGCAGCUCUCCUCCGAAGACUGGAUGAUCCUCGAGUUCUCCCAGCUUGGCUUCAUCGGUAAGAUGUUCCAGGCUCCAGAUCUCAACCUGAUAGUAGAGUUUAUCCUCAUGUUCUAUAAGGAGAAGCCCAUUGAUUGGCUACUGGACCACAUCCUCUGGGUCAAAGUGUGUAAUCCGGAGAAAGACGCGAAGCACUGUGAGAGGCAGAAGUCCAGUCUGCGUGUGCGGUUCAGGCCCUCUCUCUUUCAACAUGUGGGGCUGCACUCCUCUCUGGCCGGAAAGAUCCAGAAACUCACUGAUAAGGACUUCCUGAAGCCCCUGCUCCAUAAGAUCCACGUGAACCCGCCUGCUGAGGUGUCCACGUCUCUCAAGGUGUACCAGGGUCACACGUUGGAGAAGACCUACUUGGGAGAAGACUUCUUCUGGGCCAUCAACCCUACUGCUGGAGACUACGUCCUCUUCAAGUUUGACAAGCCUGUCAGCAUAGAGAGGUUCCUGUUCCGCAGUGGGAACCAGGAACACCCUGGGGACAGGAUAGAGAACACCACUGUAGAUAUACUGCCCUUCUCGGAAACUGGACCAAAGUCCAAAGAGAAGUACAAGCGAACUGAUGACCGCUUCUACAGAAUUGGUCAGUUUGCGAAGGGUGUGGCGGAGGGGGUUGUAGACGCCGCCUUCAACCCGGUGGUGGCGCUGCGUCUCUCUGUCGUCAAAGACUCGGCUGUCUGGGCCAUCCUCAGCGAGAUCCACAUAAAGAGGACAGCAGGCUGACAUGAGGCAGGGGGCCACAUCAAUCCUGGCCCCCGGCCCCGGGGUGCUCGCAGACGCACCUAAAACUGACUGCCCAGGAGCCUUCUGCCGCCUAGCAACCAGCAGUGACAUCAUCAGAGUUGACCAGAGCCGCUCCUCUCAGGGUUUCUGUCUAAGGGCUCUGUCACUCUGAUCGCUCUCUCUCUCUUUCUGUCUAUCCUUUCCUCACUCUCUUGCUCUCUUUUUGCGUGAACGUGAAUACUACUUUACAAAAAAGAGACAGAUAUUAAAAUAUCAGAAGGAAUUGGGUGUGUCCUGAAGAAAUCCGUUCCCAGAUAUGACUGUCGAGGUAACUGUGUGUUACACAGAUGGCUUGUGACUAGGAGAGGCACACAGUGAUUGGAGAUUUGGGACACACCUCACCUGAUCUGAGAGGCUGAUGUCACCAGGACACUGGUGUUGUAGAUGCUGCUCACUGCUCCAUGUGCUCUCUGUCUCCGCCUCUCUGGUCUGUUCCACUGGGGUAUUGCACUGUCACUGGAGCCAUAGUGGAGCCCCCUGCUGGUGACUGAAGAAUGGCUCCAUCAGCCUCAAGAACCUGUUGCUUUUUGUUCUUUUCCACAGAGUUGUGUGUUUUAGCUAAACAGCAGGUAAUAAAUAGACAAGUUGUUAGUCUUUCUUAGGGUGAGGAUAAUUGCCUUUAUUACUUUAUUCUUUUGAAGGGGAUUACAAUGACGAUGGCAAACAAAGUGGAAAACUAAAUGUGGUUCCCCAUCUUUAAAGUGACAGGUCUGCCAAACUAUGCCCUGGGUAGAAGUCAUCCAUAGGCGCAGAUCUAGGAUCAGCUUACCUUGCUCAAGUCCCAACCCAAACCAUUCUGGGCCAAACACCUGAAACCUACCUAAGAUCUGUGUUUGAUGUCAUUGAUACCAUUCCACUAAUUCAGCUCCAGCCAUUACCACGAGCCCGUCCUCCCCAAUUAAGGUGCCACCAACCUCCUGUGGUUUCAUUUUAUUCCAUGAAGAAUCUUUGUGACUGAAGGAAACCAUAUCUAUCUCUCUACUUCCUGUUUGACAGGAAGUCAGGCUGACAGAGCUCUAGUGUCCUUUAAGUGGUAAACCAAUCAGACUUUGGCCUUGACUUUGCUCACCUGAAGGGAUGUAUUGCUAUAUUGAUAAUAUUAUUAUUAUUAUUACUACGACAAUGAUGAUGUAUGAAGGUGACUUAAUUUAUUUUAAAUAAAUAUUUAAUUUGUACAAGAGGUUAAAAAUAAAUAAAACAUCUGUUUAGAGUUUA